UGAGAGUCACCAUACUGUUUAUAAUGAGCAAUUUGAGUUUAUCAACAUAUUGAAUCGUAAAUAAAGAAAUCCUGUCGAGUGGGAAGCGUUAAACACUCAUUGAUUCGACGACCGCCACGAAUUAAGGCGAUCGUUGCUAAAUUACUUUAGUUGCUAAUUUCAUUUUGGUCGAUCUCAUUUGAUAAUGUUUUACUAGAUUUUAUUUACGAUUCGAUCAGGUUUUAUGAAAAAGACAUAAAAUCAAAAUUAAGUUUUCAAAAAAUAAAUAGUAUCAAAUUCAUCGAGUGAAAGCAAUAAAUCAUGAGUGAAAACGAAGUGAUAAAAAGGAAUACGAAUAAUUAUGAUGCAACGGAAUUAAAUAUCAAUGACAGGCAAAACAUUGACCAUGAAACGCCGAAACCUCCGCCUUUCACAUGGAAGUUUUGGAAGCAAAGACGUUACUUGCUUUCUAUAUUGGCAUUUUUUGGGUUCUUCAAUGCAUAUGCAUUGAGAGUUAAUCUUAGUAUAGCAGUUGUUGCCAUGACCAACAAUGACACAAAAAUAUUAGAGAACGGAACCAUCGUAAACAUAGUCCCCGAAUUUGACUGGGAUAAGCAAACUACAGGAAUUUUACUAUCGGCUUUUUUCUAUGGUUACAUAAUUAGUCAACUGCCUGCUGGAUGGUUAGCUAUUAAAUUUGGUGGUCAUCGAGUAUUUGCUAUUGGAAUAUUAGUUACAGCUAUAUUCACACUGGUAACUCCCGCAAUAGCAAAAUAUAAUAUAUACUUAUUAAUUGCUGUGCGCAUUUUAGAGGGAAUAUUUGAGGGUGUGACAUUUCCAUGUGCUCAUGCUGUUUGGACUAAAUGGGCACCACCACUGGAAAGAUCCAGACUUGCAACUGUAGCCUUCAGUGGAUCGUAUGUAGGUACUGUAGUUUCAAUGCCCGUAUGCGCGUUGAUCGCUAACCGAAUAGGUUGGGAAUAUAUAUUCUACGUCUUUGGUAUCAUUGGCGUCCUGUGGUUUGUUUUAUAUUGGGCAAUUGUCAAAGGUAAACCCGAAGAUGACAAAUACAUAAGUAAAGAAGAGUUGGAAUAUAUUCAGAAAUCUCUGGGAACAUUCAAUAUUUCUGCUAGCAAUCGUGAAAAGUCUUUAGCACCACCCCCAUGGAAAAGCAUAUUAAGGUCUGCACCCGUGUGGGCAAUAGUCGCCUCCCAUUUCAGUGAAAAUUGGGGUUUUUAUACUCUCUUGACCCAACUGCCUUCUUUUCUUAGAGAUGUUUUAAAUUUCAAACUUGAGAAGACUGGAUUUAUGUCUGCUUUGCCCUAUUUAGCGAUGGCUAUUCUACUUCAAUUUAGUGGACAGUUAGCCGACAGAUGCCAAGUAAAAGGAUGGUUAACAACAUCUCAAGUACGUAGGUACUUCAACUGCUCUGCAUUUAUUGGUCAGACAAUAUUUUUAUUAUUAGCUGGUUUUAUACUGAAGCCUAUUGGAAGCAUGAUAUGUCUGACAGUCGCUGUGGGUUUGGGCGCUUUUGCUUGGUCUGGAUUCAGUGUAAAUCAUUUGGACAUCGCACCACAAUAUGCUAGCGUUCUGAUGGGAUUGUCAAAUACUUUUGCAACAUUGCCAGGAAUAAUCAGCCCUCAAUUGACUGGUUUCAUUGUUAAUGGAAAGGUUGGAGAUGAUUUACUUACAUCGUGGCAAAUUGUAUUUUACAUUUCAAGUGGAAUAUAUUUGUUAGGAGCUGUGAUAUAUUGGUUUUUUGCAUCCGGCGAAGUGCAGCCAUGGGCCAAAAAUUUAACUAAUACAAAUACAAGUAUUAAAAAUGACGAUUAUCCAAACAAUAUUAAUUCUAAUGCAAGUAAAACUAGUGGAGCUGCAGGCAACGGGUAUUAUAAUGAAGGCUUAGAAAUGUAG